CCCUUGGAGCAAAACCCUAAGACCAAGACCCUCCCUCAGUUCUUUGACGCAAAACAAUGCAGAAAAUUUUCUUGAUGCGGGGUCUUGAUUCGCUCUACGCUAAAUCGUCCUCCUUCAGUGCACACAACCCUCGCUACAAAACCCCUUCAUUAGUCUCCUUUGCUUUUCAUAAUUUGUAUACAUCUAAAUCCGAAUCGUCUUAUGAAACCCCUAAUUCUCAUCAUCCAGAAAACGAAACUCAAGAUGAAAAUCCCGUCGAUGUAGAGGAUGUCAGCAGUGCAGAUCUUAAAACACAGAUAGACAAGUUUUAUAAGGGAGAUGUUGAAGCAAUACCAGCCAUUUUUGAAUCUAUAUUGAAAAGAAAGUUAUCGGGGAAGCAUGAAGAGUCGGAUGAUGAGUUGAUGAAUGAAUUCAGACAUGAUCAAACAAAUGAAGUUAGCAAUGAAGAGAUGGAUUCAGAUUCAUAUUCAGACACUGAUUCAGAUUCUGAUGAAUAGUUAAUGGAUUGAUAUGUUAGUGGACAGAAAAUAUAUUUUAAAGAGUAGACUUUUUUAUGACAUGACAUGACAGAGCAAGUUAUAUUAUGUUUGACAUGUAUCAAACAAAAAAUUGAAGAAAGGUGAGAUAGUCUGGAUCUCUCAUCUGUGCAAAAGACAUAAAUGCCCUUAUCUUUACCAUGAUGUUCAUCCAAAAAAUGUCUGGUCGGGUCUAGUCCAGGCAAGCCCUACUUUCAGACAUUUUUGUGUUGAUUUUGUUAGCAAUAUCCAAUUGUUUGGGGCUUCUAUUUAGAUUUAAAACUUUUAUCCUUAAAUUAUUCAUCAAACUUGCAAAUUUAUUAAUUGAAUUUUCUUAUGGCAACUCAAGUUAUAUAUGUAAAAAUUUAAAAAUAAUAAAUGUAAGAUUUUGAUUUUUUA